GCAGCAAAACUUCUGAAGGUUUGCAGAAGAUAGUAAGAGAACCACCAAGAAGGCUAUUGCAGUAUUAUAAAUACCCUUGAGUUGGAAUUUACUAUUGCCAGUAUGUAUCAUUCUGUGUCUGAAACCAGUCACCCUUUGCAAACAGAGGAACAAGAAAUAGGCAUCGAUCCCUUGCAGAGUUAUUUGAACAAGCCAGGGGAAGGAGGAUCAAAUGAAAAUGGAAGUACACAACACACCUCAGAUUCUGAUGGAACAUUUAUUUCUUACAGUAAAGAAUGGGAAGAACUAUUUGUAAACAACAAUUACUUGGCAACUAUACGGCUGAAGGGGAUUAAUGGGCAGCUGAGAAGCAGCAGGUUCCGUAGUGUUUGCUGGAAGUUAUUUCUGGAGGUUCUACCCCAAGACAGAAGUCAAUGGAUUAAAACCACUUCAGACUUAAGAACUUCUUACAAUAAGAUCAAAGAAAUUCACAUUACAAAUCCUCGGAAGGCAGGACAGCAAGAUCUGAUAAUCAACAACCCGCUGUCUCAGGACGAGGGGAGUCUUUGGAAUAAAUUUUUUCAGGAUAAAGAGCUUCGAGCAAUGAUUGAACAAGAUGUGACAAGAACCUUUCCUGAAAUGCAGUAUUUCCAGCAAGAGAAUGUGAGGAAAAUUCUUACAGAUGUUCUGUUCUGCUAUGCCAGAGAAAAUGAGCAGUUGCUUUAUAAACAGGGUAUGCAUGAACUUUUAGCUCCCAUUGUCUUUAUCCUGCAUUGUGACCACCAAGCUUUUUCACAUGCCAGUGAAGCUGCACAACCAAGCGAGGAAAUGAAAGUUCUUUUGAAUCCUGAAUAUCUGGAACAUGAUGCCUAUGCAAUGUUCACACGUCUUAUGAAAACUGCAGAACAUUGGUUUUCAACUUUUGAACAUGACAGUCAGAAGGAGAAAGAUGUGAUGAUUACACCUAUGCCAUUUGCAAGGCCACAGGACUUAGGCCCAUCUAUUGCUAUUGUAGCGAAAGUAAACCAAAUUCAGGAUCAUCUGCUGAAGAAACAUGAUAUUGAGCUGUACAUGCAUCUGAACCGACUGGAAAUUGCUCCACAGAUUUAUGGACUGCGAUGGGUAAGGCUCCUGUUUGGACGUGAAUUCCCUCUUCAGGACCUCCUGGUUGUCUGGGAUGCUCUAUUUGCUGACAGUAUCACUCUGAAUUUAGUUGACUACAUUUUUGUAGCCAUGUUGUUAUAUAUUAGAGAUGCCUUGAUUUCAAGUAAUUAUCAGACCUGUUUGGGACUUCUGAUGCAUUAUCCACCUAUUGGAGAUGUUCACUCCCUUAUCCUAAGAGCACUUUUUCUCCGAGAUCCAAAGAGAAAUCCAAGACCAGUGACUCAUCAAUUCCAACAAAAUUUAGAUUAUUACAAAGCACGUGGAGCAGACUUGAUGAACAAAACCCGCGCCAGUGCUAAGGCUGCCCCACUGAACAUUAACAAAGUCUCCAACAGCUUACUGAAUUUUGGCCGAAAGCUCAUUGCUCCAGCUAUGGCUUCAGGUGGGGCUGUGGGCGCUCCUGCCGGUGGGAGCAGCUUUCCUCCCCCUGCAAUGCCCAUCAGAGGCACAGUGGAAACCCCCCAGCACCACCAGCACCACCAGCAGCACCACCAGGCACAGCAGCAGAGGAUGAUGAAGUCCGAAAGCAUGCCAGUUCAGCUGGGCAAAGGCCAAAGUUCAAAAAACAUCAGUUCAUCUCCAAGCAUAGAGAGCUUGCCUGGAGGACGUGAAUUUACCGGAUCUCCGCCUUUGUCUGCAUCAAAAAAGGAUUCCUUUUUCAGUACCAUCUCCCGCUCCCGUUCCCAAAGCAAAACUAUGAGCAGAAAAGAAUCGGAGGAGGAAUUGGAGGCCCAGAUUUCAUUUCUACAAGGACAACUAAACGACUUGGAAGCCAUGUGCAAAUAUUGCGCGAAGAUGAUGAACACACAUCUUGGAAAUAUUCAGGAAGUCAUAUUACAAGAACACUUGGAAAAAGAAGAUGAAAUUCUGGUUUCCUUGGCUGGUUUGAAGCAGAUCAAAGAUAUCCUGAAAGGUUCUCUGCGUUUCAACCAAAGCCAGCUGGAAGCUGAAGAAAAUGAGCAAAUCACGAUAGCUGAUGAUCAUUACUGUUCCAACAGUCAGAACAAGGGGACUGGUGAUGUCCUAAAGGGACCUGUUAUGACAAAGCAACAGUUCAUCUCAGGACAACAGACUACAACUGAUUCGAGCACUAGUGAGAGCAAGAGUGCUGAUGACUAUAUUAUGGUUUCCAAAGAAGAGGAGGGAAAUAAAACUGCUGUUUCGGAGCCAGCGCAGUCCCUUCAGGCACACAAGGAGGCAGCGGUGAAGCCAGAAGCUCCGUCUCGUUCUUCUUUGAUAUUCUCUGACCCACUGAUGGGCUCCGUUUCAGCCUCUUCCAGCAACCUGAGCUCCAGCCCUGAUGAUGACAGCAGUAAUAACAGCAAAGAUUCUGACUUUGCUAUUGUCAGCCCACUGGACAUCUAAAGAAACAGGUUGGGAGAGUUUGAGAGGUCGAUCGUUACAACUCAGCUCAAAUUCCUAUGUUUCCACGGGCUGGAUAGUUCUUUGG